GCACACAACACAGUGAGUGUUGCUCCAGGCCUCCCCAGUGGUCAACAUUCGUUGCGGUCCUGCGAUUCCACAGUCUAUCCAAAUCCUGUGCGUAAGCUGAUAUAAUAACUACAUCUCUGCUGUGAUCGUUUUUUCAGAUUGGUGACUGGUAUUCCACCGUGGUGAUCGUUGCAGGUUUAUGAAGAUCACACACCCAUUCAUCCAUCUUCUGCCGUCUCACUUGCAACUAUGAUGACAUCAACCAUUUCUUUGGAUGUCAAUGUUUCAAAAGAAAAUAACAGCUCUACACUUGGAUUUUUACACACUUAUAAUCAAUUUUCUGAUAUUAUUGUCAUCAUUAGCAUUCUACCGUGUGCAGCAUUUCUUGUUUGUAUGAUGUUAACAAUUUUUGGCGAAAGUAAAUUACGGGAAAAUCCUAAAUACAUAUUUUUUGUAAACCUGGUAAUUAGUGAUUGCAUAUUUUUACUUAUCAUCGACAUUCCUUCUAUUAUGUUUUUAUCUAGGAUUAGCUUUAACGUUGGAGGCUGCUACUUCUAUGCAAAUUUGUACAGAGGAUUGUUUAACAAUGGGGUUGCUUGCAUCGCCUUUAUGGCCAUAGAGAGAUAUGUUGCCAUAUGCAACCCAUUGCGUUAUCACAGUAUCUUUAACAAUAAAUCUUCUCUCAGAUGCCUGGGUGUGAUUUGGUUUAUUUCGUUCGUUUUUCCUUUUAUAGAAAUCAUAUUUACGUUCACAAAUUAUGUCUCAGUAUUUCAUCAAACAAUUAAUUCUUGUUUUAAUAUAAACGAAAAAUAUGUUUUGGAACAAAGCUAUAAUAUUACAUAUAUACGACAAUCACUGCUUGUGAUAUUUUUUUGUGUAAGUAUUAUUAUACUUCUAAGCACAUAUAUACUUGUUGCAAACGCAGCUAAGCAAGCUGCUUCCGGUGAGUCUCAGGCCACCAAAGCCAAACGUACUCUUCGGCUGCAUGCACUGCAGUUAAUAUUAUAUCUGAGUGCUUUUGGAAUCCAACCAUUUAAUACGUUGAUAGACCUAACCGUGAACAACUCUGAUUUGAAGUAUACGAUCAAAACAUUUUUGUAUUUUUUUAUGUUCAUCAGUCCAAGAUUUAUUAGUCCUUUUAUUUAUGGACUAAGGGACUCGGAGAUCCGACGGUGUCUCAGACAGAAGGUGUGUCGUGUUCAUAGCUUUCUCAAAGUGGAGCCUCAAUUAAAGUAACAAAACUCAUACACAUAAUUGCUAAGUAUGAAUAAAAACAAGUUUUGCCCAUUUUUUAAAAUUAUUUUGAUACAUGUUUAAUUAUUCUUCAGUAAAGCAAAACAAUGCUUAGUAAUCCACUCAAAAUAUUAUGAAAUGUACUAUAAUUCUUCUGUUUCAAUUACAUAUGAAAAUUAAAUCAAAUGUUAAAUAUUCAUUGCUUGUCUUGAUUCUAUUGCAGUUACUAUUAUAUUUGAAGAGUUUUUGAAUAUAACUUAUCUUAACAUUGUCAACAAUUGCGUUAUUUUCAACGUCAACAUUUAAAAUACGUUUCUACUGUGCUCUAUUGUGUGUGGACCAGACGUCACUUGAUGGGAUCUCCAGAUGUAGGUCUGUGAUAUCCCCUCCGGUGGGCUGUUUUCUAACAUGAAGGGUUUCACUGCUCUGCCUAUACCACAAUCUGGAUAAAAUUGGUGAAACAGUCACAAUAUAUUUUAAUUAUGUUCUAGUCUAAGCUUUUAUGUAUCUUUGUAGACUAAAGAUGGAGUCCUGGUCAUGUAUAGAAAUAGACAUAUAUGUCCACAUUUGCCUUUUACGUAUCAUAAUAUACAUUUAUUUUAUGAUUGCCUAGUAUUUUUUUUAAAGAAAAUGAAGUUAUAUAUACGCUUAAUCUUGUAAAAGGACAUUAUUGGGUUACUAAUGGAAAUGGAAGGGGUUUCUGCUUGUUCUUUGAAAUAAAGGUCCAUAUUGUACAUGUGUUUGAAUGGAUACUCUUGCUCUUUGUAAUAAAUUGUGUAACAACUCGGACGACGAAUUAAAGAGAGCCACUUUUAUUUGGACACAGCCACAAUAAAGGACCCUAGGCUUCAUGCGUGCCUUCCAGCUUGUAAGUUCCUUCAAACGUCCCCACUGCUCGUGCUCUCCACUUAUAUAUUCGUCAGCCCCCUUUUUUAACCUUUUUGUCCUUGUAUUUCCCUUUAGCCAAUCCCUGGCCUUCCCCUCUAAUGGAAACUUUCUGUUUUCUGAUUUCUCGUUCAAACCUUAUUACGCCUAUCCCUUUAAAAGACUGCCUCCCGACCAAAAUUAUCGUUGAGUCAUUUUUCUUCCAA